UUAGAACGUCCGAUUUUCUAUUCGCAUGAAAAUAAUGUAGUUAUUCCUUAACAACAUCGUGAAAAUUUCUGAACAAUCAUUCUCAAGAGUUGGCAACCUCUUCGAGAUAAGCAAAUUGUAAACAAAAAGUCUUGACUGGUUUUAGCAAGUGAAAGGCCAAGAGUACAAACUCCUAUUAAAAUAAUAUUAUUGGAUUGCUAAAUUAUUCUUUUCAAAAUGAUGAGGGUAUUGCGAAUAGGUGCAGUUGCCUUAUUACGUCAACAACUUUCUCCCAGAACAAACUUGCUAUCUAUUGCAAAAUUUGCAACGGCCUUGAAGGGGCAGAAUGUGGGGACGCCGACACAUACUAUGGAUGAAGUACAAGCUGAGAUAAGACAACGCUUGGGUCUGCAAAGGGGCUACCAUCCCAUACCCAGGAGCCGUGAACAUCUGCUAAAGUACACGCCAAAAGCGGAAGAUUUACCGCCACGUUCAAUGCAGGAUUCCUACACCACAGCUGCGCUUCCACUCAGUACGGAUUUGAAGCUACAAGAUAAUUAUGUCUCACAUUUAGGUAACGUACGUAUGGGACGUUUAAUGGAAGAUUUGGAUGCGUUUGCAGUAUGGGUUGCUCAUCAGCAUGUUAAGGUACCAACUUUACCCGCCGAUGUUAAGUUGCCAUACACCUUCGUCACGAUCUUGGUGGAUAAAGUUAGUUUUAGCGAUUUGGUAACCGACGUCAAAGAAGAUAUCCGUUUCUCUGGACAUACGUCCUGGGUUGGACGGAGUUCAAUGGAAAUCGUUGUCUGGGUAGAGCAAAAGCAUCAUGGCGAAUAUAAGAAAAUAACUCGUGCGCUCUUUCUUAUGGGUGCCCGUAAUGCCACUAAUACCGGCGCCGCCCCAGUAAAUCCCAUUGAACCAGCGACGGAUGAAGAGAGGGAAAUACUUUCCGGUGGUGAAGAACGCAAAAAGCGACGCCAAAUAAUCCAAGCGCAAUCUAUUUUUAGAGUAGAACCAAAUGAUUUUGAGCAAACUUUGAUGUAUGACAUUUACAAGCGUACCACGGAUACCAAUACAAUGGAAUUGAACAAACGUUUGUUGCCGGCUAAUGCGCGUUGGAUGUCCGAAUGGAGCACAGUAACAACAAUACCAUCUUUUCCGGAAAAUCGCAACGCGCAUAAUACAGUAUUCGGCGGAUUUUUGAUGCGUUUGGCUUUGGAAAAUAGUUGGACGGCUGCAUUCCUGUACUGCAGCGUACGGCCAAAAUUGUUGCAUAUUUGCGACAUAAGCUUUGAAAAGCCCGUUCCAGUUGCAUCGUUUAUAAAGCUAACCUCUUACGUUGUGUACACCGAAUUAAAUUAUCUACAAAUAAUGACGGUGGCGGAUGUGUUGGAUACAAGUGCCGGUGGUAGUAAUCAAGUUACUACAAACGUUUUCUAUAGUACUUAUAAAUCAAAUGAGACUGUACACCAGGUACUGCCACGAUCCUAUCACGAGACUAUGUGGUAUAUUCAAGGAAGACGCAAGUUUAAAUAUGCAAUGGGUUUGGAAUAAAUGCAUUUUGAAUAUAUACUACAUAAUUACUUCGAAUGGACAUAAAGAUGCUAUACAUACUAAAUGCGUGAUUAUGAUUUAA